UCAUAUAGGCAGUUGAUUCGCACAGAAAUCCUUCACUGAUUUUUGUCAAACUCUUGCAUGCUGAGCCAGCCUAUGCAACUGACAAACAAGUGUUGUUCUGACAUGAGUGUUGGCUGACUCCUCCACUUACAUCAACGACUAAGAUGAAAGAGAACUAAGCAAGUUGUAUGUUGGAACUUCACAUGUUCAUCUGCUGACUUAAGCAACUUCUUUGCUAAAUCAAGACAGUAGCUUUCAAUAUACUGGGAAACUCCUCAGAUCUGUUUGUGUCUACAGACAAAUCUGUAACAGCUACAGACACUUUUAAGUUUACUGCAUCAUUAACAUUUCUCUGUAACUUCAGACAGCCAACAAAACAAUACAUCAAGGUGUAAUUUAUAACAUUUACUGGUUCCCUGGUGUGAAUAAGUCCCAGCACAGUGGGUUUGAAGGAAGUGACCGACAGGAAGUUCCGGAACACACACGGAGAAGAGAUAGGCAGUCGUAGUGCAGCAUUAUAUAGUAUUUCUACCCUGAAGGUACAAGAGAUGUAAAGAACCUCUAGAGAGUAGUAAAAUAAUUCAGAAGAGGAGCGUGGGCCAUGACCUUUGCUUUUGUAUAAUUUAUUUAAGUGUAAGUUUAUAUAAUUUAAUUUUUAAUAAUGGCUGUGUUUAACAACAGUCUGCAAAGUUCCUGAGAAUUUAACCGUUUUCAAGAUCUCUUUUGCUCUAGCUCUGGCAGACCACUAGGCCUCACUUCCUCAUUUGCCUGCUGUUUCCAAAAAUAAAUAAGCCUCUUUGCUUUGUUAACAGCCUGGUUAAAAAAAAAAAAAAAAUUCUCAUUUUAUCCCAUGAAAUGGGGUAGGAAAGAUUGGGAUGAAUUGCUUGCCUCUGUCCUGAGCUCCUCUGGCCAGGUGAGGGCCUAACAUCAGGAAAUUAAUUUGCUCAGAGAAAGUUUUUGUGAGGGGCUUCCCCAUGGGGGGAGAGGAUUGAAGGCCAUGGGUUCCCUGAGAGCCUGCCUUGCUGUUCUGGUCAGCUCACUGCCCUCUUGGCAUAAGCAUGGGGCAGUCCUUUUCCUCAUGGAUACAGAGAGAUUGAAAAAGGGACUAAGACUACAUUACUGAUGGAGUAGUGUGUAGGAAAGGGGAGGGAAAAACCUUCCCCCCCACCCCCCAGCCCAGUCCUUCCUUGCCUCUUUUAUUUUUGCUUUCCUGUUGUUACCCAUCACAUUCCUUGAUGUCAUGCCUGCCAUUGUGAGCCGACAGGCCCUCCCUGGCCUGGUGGACAGCCUGUAAGUCAGGAGGGGAGGUGGAGCUGUGGAGGUUGGGGGGAGUAGUGGUCACACCAACAUCUCAGAAUUGGGCUGGGUCUGUGUGGAGCCCCAGAGAUGGUCCCCAGCUCAUUCUUCCCAAGAACCAAUGAGUAAAAUUAGGGGCCUUCCACCUGAGGUCAGGGAACCAGGCCCUGGAGUGGAACUUGGGGUGGAAGAUGGCCUUCUUUGUCAACUGAUUCAUUCUCCAGAAUUCAACUUGUUCUCCGACUCGGUGGUGUUUGAAAGCAACUUUAUCCAGGUCACUAAGCCUGGCAGCUGGAUGGAUGUAUAUGAAGGGUCUACCACUGUGAUCCUUGGGGUGACCUCCUCGGUGCCCUCCUUGCCACUCCCCAACGUCCUCCUGAUGGCCAAUGUCACCUGGCCCCAGGGUCAGUUUUCCUCCUGGAGCACUCCUGACUGUGCUCCCGUGGUCACCCUCAGCAGGAUUCUCCCCCUGAAGUUCGUGGAGCUACAAAUCUGUGACCGGUUCCAACGCAUCCUGCGGGUUAGGACAGUGACUGAAAAGAUCUACUACCUGAGGCUCCACGAAAAACACCCAGAGGCUGUGUUUCAAUUCUGGAUCCGCUUGGUGAAAAUUUUGCAGAAAGGUCUGUCCAUCACCACCAAAGACCCAAGAAUCCAAUUCACUCACUGCCUGGUGCCCAAAAUGUCCAGCAGUUCCACUAGAAUAACACCUGAAAGCAGCCUCCCAUCAUCCACUCAGCCCAGCGAAAACUUCAGGCUAUUGGCGGCCGAGCAGACCAGUGACAGUUUCUCGAAUAUCUCAGGAAAACCCCAGCUCACAGCAGACUGUAACACCAACAUUGCCAUCAAAAUAGACAAUCUGGACAGCUAUAAGAUACCCUCCCGAGUGGCAUCUCCGGUCAACUUGAAUAUACCCAUGAGAGCCGCCUUGAGCCACAGUCUCUGGGAACAAGAAAAUCCAGAUGAGCACUUCCUGCAAGCUCCUGUUGCCAGUUCCCUAGGAGAGAACCUUCUGGGACCCUGACACCAAGCCAAAACAGGGUGAUCUUCCCUAACUUCAUUCAGCGAACUUGAUACAACCUCCUGUAAUGCUGUUUUCCCACUGUGGGCCCAAGACCGUGGGAGAGGUAUAAUGGUGUUUAUAGCAAAGUGCUUCUGUUCUUCCACCAAUAAACCUCCAAGUGAAUUCCUAA